UUGGUCCACUGAUCCCUUCCGGAAACGCAGUCCCUUAUGUUUUAAAAUUGCAGCAGCACAUUCGUCUCACGGCGUCCAAACAGUAUUCAUGUGAAUUUAUAUGACAUACAGCGAUCUUUCCUGUAUCCUUACAGCGUACAUUAUGAGCAACGAAGACCUCAUUUCAGUGGAGUAUGAAAUUUUUGGCAGAGUGCAAGGCGUGUUUUUUCGGAAAUACACUCAAGCAGAGGGGAGGAAGCUUGGCCUGGUGGGAUGGGUCCAGAACACGGGAGCAGGAACUGUUCAGGGGCAGCUACAAGGCCCACGAAGCCAGGUGAAGGAAAUGCAAGAGUGGCUGAAAUCCAGCGGGAGCCCCAAGUCCCGCAUAACCAAAGCGGAGUUCAAAAACGAGAAAGCGGUUGAUAGCCUAGAACACUCAUCUUUUAACAUAUUAAAAUAAAAAAUAAUGUAUAGAUUGUACCUAUGAUAUUAACUUUGACGCACAUAUACUAUUUAUUUUGUUUCUUUUAUUAGUUGGAAUAAGGGUCAAGCAAUGAAAUGAAAGCAUGUGUUUAUGUUUCUCCUUAACAUCUACAUAAUAGUAUAAUAAAAAUAGAAUUCCUUCCA